CUUCCGCGCAGGUUCACGCCGUACGAGUGGCAGAACCCCCACCCGUGCGACCCCGACCCCGACACGCUGGAGAACCAGUUCACCAUCCUGAACUGCCUGUGGUUCGCCAUCGGCUCCCUUAUGCAGCAAGGCUGUGACUUCCUUCCACAAGCUGUAUCGACCCGCAUGGUGGCCGGCAUGUGGUGGUUCUUCACUCUGAUCAUGAUUUCGUCCUACACCGCUAACCUCGCCGCCUUCCUCACCGUCGAGCGCAUGGACUCUCCCAUUGAGUCAGCGGAGGACCUCGCCAAGCAGACCAAGAUCAAGUAUGGAUCGCUCAAGACGGGCAGCACCAUGGCCUUCUUCAGGGACUCCAAGAUCCCGACUUACCAAGGGAUGUGGGCGACCAUGAUGCGCCACGAGGACCCUGGCCCUUCCGUCUUCCCCGCCUCCAACGCCGAGGGGGUCAAGCGAGUCCAGGAGAGCAACGGCCUGUACGCCUACCUCAUGGAAUCCACAUCCAUCGAGUACGUGGUGGAGCGGCAGUGCGACCUCACGCAAAUCGGCGGCCUCCUGGACUCCAAAAGCUACGGCAUCGCUCUUCCUCCAGGCUCCCCCUAUACGAGUGCUAUCAGCAGUGCCAUUUUGUCGCUGCAAGAAACUUCGAAAAUACAGAUGCUGAAAAGACGAUGGUGGAAGGAGAAAAAUAGGUCUGACAAGUGUGCAAAGGACAAGGAGGAAGCGGGCGGCAGCAGUAUGGCGAGUGAACUGAAUUUAUCGAACGUCGGCGGCGUCUUCGUGGUGCUGCUCGGAGGGAUGGGCCUGGCACUGGUCGUAGCACUGGCGGAGUUCGUCCUCGAGUGCUGGGACAUAUCGAAGGAGGAUGAGAAAUCAAUAAUAUCAGUCCUGAGCGAGGAGUUGUGCUUCGUCUUCCAAUGCAAAGGGUCGACGAAACCUGUCAGGAAGAAAAUAGAGUCAGAAACACCAACAGUCGACAACUUGUACAGCUCCGAUGUAUACAACUGUAGCGGCAGAAAUCAGCAUACCUGAUUACCAGAUGUGGCGUCAGCCUCUGACGUCACAGUCGACCACCACCCCGACCAAUGGCCGAUUCCUAGCUACGUGCCCCCGCCCCCCUCGCCCGUCGCCAACCUGAACGCAUCGGCGGUCAAUCAGAACACAUCCUUGCUCAGCCAGAACUCCUCCACCGUGGCCAGCCAGAACUUCUCCUCCUCGCCCUACUUCACGCCGGACCGGAAGCCCUCGCUCUCGCCCAACACAGACCCGAGCGAGGAGGCGCCCGAGGCCGAGGGCGUGAGGCAGAGGAAGAACUGGUAACGGCGGCCGGCCUCGACUUGCACGGCGCGAGAGGCUGCGGA